AGAAAACCACACGGUCGUUGUCUCACAAGAUAUUCCCAACCUUUUAAAUCCCCUUUUUAUCUCUCUUUUUUUUGAUCGAAUUCUUCACCAAAUCUCUCUUCCAAUUGAUACAGGGAUCAGUGUCACACUCCAACACACACCCGAGAAAUACACAGUGAAUAGCUUAUUUAUCCAAUGCCAAAGCAAGUUCUGAAAGCAGGAAGCAGACCGCCAUGGGUGGGUUUGGCAGCAGCAGUUUGGAUCCAAAUAGCGGCCGGCAAUGCGUACAACUUCCCGCUCUACUCUUCAGCACUCAAAUCCAUCAUGGGCUACAGCCAGCAGCAGGUGACGAUCCUUGGAGUGGCCAACGAUAUUGGAGAGAGUGUGGGUAUUCUCCCUGGUAUUGCCUGCAAUAAGUUCCCUCCUUGGUCUGUGCUUUUGGUUGGUACCGUGCUCUGUUUCUUUGGAUAUGGUGUUCUCUGGCUUGUUGUUAGCCAGACUGUUCAGAACUUGCCUUACUGGCUGUUAUGGCUUGCACUAUGCAUUGCCACCAAUAGCAGUGCAUGGCUUGGCACAUCCGUGCUUGUAACCAACAUGAGAAACUUCCCUCUCAGUAGGGGCACUGUUGCUGGCAUUCUCAAAGGUUAUAUUGGACUGAGUGCUGCAGUAUAUACAGUAAUAUAUAUGGUGCUUAAUGACUCAUCAUCAAAACUAUUGGCGUUCCUUGCACUUGGGCUUCCUGUUAUGUGUUUAGCCAUGAUGUACUUUAUACGGGCUUGUACUCCAGCUUCUGGAGAAGACUCUUCAGAGCACGUCCAUUUUCUUUUCACCCAAGCUGCUAGUGUUUUGCUUGCUAUAUAUCUUCUCUCAACCACAGUGAUAAGUGACACAGUUUCUCUAAGUGACACUGUUACCUACAUUUUAAUUGCCAUAAUGGUUAUCCUUCUGAUGUCCCCCCUUGCAAUUCCUCUGAAAAUGACACUUUUUCCUGCGAAGAAACUUGGACCUACCCCGGCUACUUCUUCAGACGAUUUGGUUGGUUCAACCCAAACAGAUCCUUUGUUAAUACCAUCUUCAUCGGCUACACAUCUUGGAAGUUUCUAUGAGAACGAUGAUGCCUCAGAUGUGGAAACACUUCUUGCUGUUGGGGAGGGGGCAGUGAAGAAGAGAAGGAGACCUCGUAGGGGAGAGGAUUUCAAGUUUCGUGAAGCUCUUAUCAAGGCUGAUUUCUGGCUUCUUUGGUUUUCAUACUUUCUGGGGGUUGGUUCGGGAGUAACAGUUCUUAAUAAUCUGGCUCAGAUUGGGGUUGCAGUAGGUGUUGAUGAUACAACAAUGUUGUUGGCACUCUUCAGCUUUUGCAAUUUUGUGGGUCGUCUUGGCUCGGGUGCUGUUUCUGAACAUUUUGUCAGAUCGAGAUUACUUCCUCGCACAUUUUGGAUGAUAUGCGCACAUAUAAUCAUGAUCAUAUCAUUCCUUCUAUUUGCAUCAGCCCUCAAUGGUACUAUCUAUGUUGCAACUGCUCUGCUUGGAAUCUGCUAUGGUGUUCAGUAUUCUACAAUGGUCCCCACUUCCUCUGAGAUUUUUGGUUUAAGGCAUUUUGGAAUAAUCUACAAUGCCAUGGCAUUAGGCAAUCCUAUUGGUGCAAUCCUCUUCUCAGCUAUUCUUGCUGGUUAUGUAUAUGAUGCAGAAGCUGCUAAGCAAGGAGGGUCUACCUGUGUAGGUGCCGAUUGCUUCAGGCUCACUUUCCUGGUUCUAGCUGGCGUUUGUGGCCUGGGCACUGUCUUGAGCAUAAUUCUGACCAUUCGAGUACGACCAGUUUACCAAUUGCUUUAUGCUGGCGGUUCUUUCCGACUUCCUCAGAAUUCAGACCACUGAGACUGGAGUUACUAUUAUCUGAUAGGAUCAGAGGCAUACGGGUUUUGUGGAGGUAUGAUUCAAUAAAGUUAGAUGCCUAGCUAGGGAAUAUCCACAUGCCUUUGCUCUGUAUUAUUUCUCCCCAAGCUGAUUUGUUUGUUGUGGGCCUGCUAAUGGCAAUUUGUUUGGGGGGGGGGGGCUUUGAGGGAGUGUAUUUUUUAUGUAUCAACACAAUCACAUGCCAUCUUGAGAUAAAACAUUCCAAAUUUUGACAUAAUUUAUCCUGCUGUAUCUUUAGCUUGGUUGGUGUGCUUUUCAGCUUACUUUGAAGACACU